GCUUUGGUCUGCCAUUCUCCGCAGCUGUGUCAAGGGAAACAGCUCACGUUCGCAAUUACUGUAUCCGCACACCAUGCGGAGGUGGGGGUGACAGCAGUCGCGGGCCAAUUCAUGUUUCUGGAUGGAGAGAACAUGAGCAAUAACCAAAAGCUUGACAGUAUUGGCCAGUCGCGAGAAGACAUUGGGCCGGGACCGGACUGCAAUUUAGUACUAUGAACUCGUUUCUGUCGCGAAAUAAUGGAAGACUAGAUUGCUUCCCCCGGGUCCCUCCGGUUUCUGUCGGGAUAUCGCGGUUGGCAGAAAAGGGGCCUGACAGGGAGCGAAUAUGCGAGCUUUUAACGCAUACAGCUUACGGGUCUACCUGCAAGGUCGGCUGAUACGAAUGGACUACAUAAGGUGGACGGCUAGCUCCAUGUCUGUCUCGCGUAUCUUUGACCACCAUCAUGCUUGUGUAUGCGACAGUUGUGGUCCUGGUCUUGUCUAUUCGCGUUCUCUACAACUACACCCGCUUAUGGCCGAUCCCAGGCCCAGUUUAUGCUUGUGUUUCGGACCUCUGGCGAGGGUAUGCUCGAGAGUCGCCCGACUAUAGCCGUCGCGUGCGUAAACUGCACCAGAGGCACGGCCAGGUGGUUCGCAUAGGGCCGAAUGUGGUCAGUAUCCCUGAACCCGAGGCCAUUGCGCGGAUUUAUGGUAGCAGAGACCAAGAAAAGUCUAUUCAUGAUUAUCCUAUCUCUGAGCGUGAACAAGCCAUAUCCAGCAUUUGCAUGUCGAACGAUUUGGGAAAUGUUUCCAUAAGUGACGUCUUCUGUCGAAACACGAGUGCCUUGCGCUAUGAGGGAAUUGUCGAUCAUUCCGCCAGUGACCUGAUCUCAGCCCUACAGAGGUAUCGAAUCCUAGAGAUGACAGGGCCUCUUCAAGUAUUCGCGUCGGAACUCGCGCACAAGGUAUUGGCAAAGAUGCCUUGGAGUGGGAAAGGAGUUGUUGGGACUGGACCUUCACCAUCGACGGUAGAAUAUCUGACACUCUGGAGUCCUAUCAUGAGGUUGAAACGAGAACGCCAGGAGCUCUUCUCAUGUGUGUCCACUCAGAAGUAUUCCUGGACACCUCCCGGCUCCAAUCCUGAGGGACGGAAUGAAGAAGUGAACGAGAUAUCCAAGGAUUACUUAUCGGUUGUGACGGCUGGGAUGAACACGAUUUCAACAGCAUUUGUUUCGAUUUUCUCCUUGCUGUUGCGACACCCGGAGACAAUGAGCCGGCUGACUGGAGAGAUAGACGCGGCCUUCUACAAUGAGCACCUAUCAGAGAUUCCUCGAUGGGAAGAAGUGAGCAGACUGCGUUACCUGGAUGCCGUUUUCAAAGAGUCGAUACGCUGCCAGGCUACGACAUCUAGCAUUGAAGUAUCAGUACCUGGAGACGGAAGCAUAAUUGCUGGAAAUUAUCUUCCAGCUGGAACAGUAAUCGAUUGGCAGCCUGACUCUUUCAAAAUUGACGAAGGCAUUUACGGGGAGGACGUGGAAAACUUUCAACCGGAACGCUGGCUUGUUGUGGAUCAGCAGAAACGAAAGCGUAUGGAGCAAUGUCUAUUAGCAUUUUAUAUCAGCAGACGAACUUGCACGGCAGCCCGAGUGGUAUUCUUAGAGUUGAAGAAGGUCAUCGUUAUGAUUCUUCUACAAUUUAACAUGCAGCUCCUUGCGUCAGACGGACAUUCUUCGGAGGAGCUGAGUCAAGACGCUGAAUGCCUACCGCGUAUGGUAGUUAGUCUCGCGCAGAGAGUGCAUUAAGUCGUCGAAAUCAGCAGUGGCCCAUGUGAAAACGUCACAUGCAACAACCACUCGAAAGAGCAAAUCCUCGGGGCAGUCCGUGAAAACCGUUACCAUGAAACGCUGGAGUAUCCUUUGUGAAAGAUUCGUUUUAAACGUCGCGAUCGCUCUUGGCUACUGGUUCAGUUAUGAUGAAUUCAUAUUUACAAGUCUAACACAUUAACCAUGUGCAAAUUAUGUACAACUGCAUAGCGUGAUACCUCUAUUCAAAAUGUUCUGCUGCCAUGCUUUCUACGAACUCUUCUCCAACUCGAGGAAAGCACGCG